UGGAGGAGAAUGAGAUUGAAUGCUGACUGUAGGCCUGGCUGAGAAACAUACUGUCAUCGGUGUCUUAGGUGGCUGUUGUGUCCCUGAGAGCCAGUGGCCUUCCACCCCUGAAGCCACUGUGCCUGAAGGAGCUUUAAUGCAGAAAUGAACAUUUAUGUGAGGCAGCUGGGCAGAAGGAUUUUCAGUCGUGAGCACGGAUCAAACAAAAAGCUGGCAGCACAGUCCUGUGCCCUUUCCCUGGUCAGACAGCUCUACCAUCUUGGUGUCAUUGAGCCUUACUCUGGGCAGACAAAGAAGAAAGGAGAAUCGCUGGAGCCCUAUGAGGUGUCGCUGUCUCCUGACUUAGAAAAUCAUCUGCAAAAGACCGUACGGGAACUGUCCCUGGAGAUCGUGCCUUUGCCUGAAGAUCCCAGUAAUCCAGUUCUGAUCAACGUUGGAAAGUUGGCCCAUUUCGAACCGUCGCAGAGACAAAGUCAGAUGGGAGUUGUUCCCUGGUCACCACCUCAUUCCAACUGGAACCCUUGGACUGGCUGCAAUAUUGAUGAGGGUCCGCUGGCAAAUCUGACUCCGGAGCAAAUCAGCGCGGAUCUGAGAAGUGAUUUCAUGUACCGUCUGGAGCAGGAUCAGGAAUUACAGAGGAUCCAAGAAGAGAGGGAGGCUUUACCUGUGAAGAAUUUUGAAAGUGAAAUUCUGGACGCAAUCCAUCACAAUUCUGUUGUUGUCAUCCGUGGUGCCACUGGUUGUGGCAAAACCACUCAAGUGCCCCAGUACAUCCUGGAUGAGUACAUCAGAACCAAUCAAGCUGCUGAGUGCAACAUAGUGGUGACACAGCCCCGGCGGAUCAGCGCAGUUUCCGUAGCGGAGCGUGUGUCCUACGAGCGGGGGGAAGAGCCUGGCCAGAGCUGUGGGUACAGCGUGAGGUUCGAGUCUGUGCUCCCUCGGCCGCACGCCAGCAUCAUGUUCUGCACUGUAGGUGUUCUUCUGAGAAAGGUUGAGACUGGGAUCCGCGGCAUUAGUCAUGUGAUUGUUGAUGAGAUCCAUGAGAGAGACAUUAAUACUGACUUCCUUUUGGUGGUGCUGAGGGAUGUCGUUCAGGUGUAUCCUGAGAUCAGGGUUGUCCUCAUGUCUGCCACCAUUGAUACCAGUAUGUUUUGUGAAUACUUCUUCAACUGUCCCAUCAUCGAGGUCUAUGGCAGAACCUUUCCUGUCCAAGAUUAUUUUCUGGAAGAUUGUAUUCAAAUGACUCAGUUUGUCCCUCCACCCAAGGAAAAGAAGAAGAAAGAGAAGGAUGAAGAAGGUGGUGAAGAUGAUGAUGCCAACUGCAACCUUAUUUGCAGCGAUGAAUAUGGCCCAGAAACAAAGCACUCCAUGGCUCAGCUGAACGAGAGAGAAACCUCUUUUGAACUCAUUGAGGCUCUGCUGAUUUAUAUCAGGACUCUGAAUGUCCCAGGAGCUGUCCUUGUUUUCUUGCCUGGCUGGAACUUAAUCUAUACAAUGCAGAAGCAUCUAGAAAUGAACCCACGCUUUGGAGGCCACCAGUACAGGAUUUUACCUCUGCAUUCCCAGGUUCCUCUGGACGAGCAGCGUCGAGUGUUUGAUCCUGUGCCUCCUGGGGUGACCAAAGUUAUUUUAUCUACCAGUAUUGCCGAGACCAGCAUUACCAUCAAUGACGUGGUCUUUGUUAUCGACUCUUGCAAGCAAAAAGUGAAGCUGUUCACUGCUCACAACAACAUGACAAACUAUGCCACGGUCUGGGCAUCAAAAACCAAUCUGGAGCAGCGGAAAGGCAGAGCUGGGCGCGUGCGAGCUGGGUUCUGUUUCCAUUUGUGCAGCAGAGCUCGCUUUGAGAGACUUCAGACUCACAUGACGCCCGAAAUGUUUCGAACGCCCCUCCACGAAAUCGCUUUGAGCAUCAAGCUGCUGCGCCUGGGAGGCAUCGGGCAGUUUCUGGCCAAAGCCAUCGAGCCGCCCCCUCUGGACGCGGUGAUUGAGGCAGAGCGCACGCUGAGAGAGCUUGAUGCCCUGGAUUCCAAUGAUGAGUUGACACCUCUUGGAAGAAUCCUGGCCAAACUUCCCAUUGAACCUCGUCUGGGCAAGAUGAUGAUCAUGGGCUGUAUUUUUUAUGUGGGAGAUGCUGUAUGUACCAUCUCUGCAGCUACCUGUUUCCCUGAACCUUUCAUCAAUGAAGGCAAACGCCUGGGUUAUGUCCAUAGGAAUUUUGCUGGGACCAGGUAUUCAGAUCAUGUUGCUUUGCUCUCUGUCUUCCAAGCCUGGGAUGAUGCAAGAAUGGGUGGUGAAGAAGCAGAGAAAAGAUUUUGUGAACACAAAAGACUCAGCAUGGCCACUCUUAGAAUGACUUGGGAAGCAAAGGUCCAGCUAAAAGACAUACUUAUUAGUUCUGGCUUUCCUGAAGAAUGUUUGAUGACUCAACCAUUUAACAACACUGGCCCUGAUAACAACCUGGAUGUUGUAAUCUCCCUGCUGGCUUUUGGGGUCUACCCCAAUGUCUGCUACCACAAGGAGAAGAGGAAGAUUCUUACCACUGAGGGGCACAAUGCUCUCAUCCACAAAUCAUCUGUCAACUGCCCUUUCAGCAGCCAGGACAUCAAGUAUCCAUCACCCUUCUUCGUUUUUGGAGAGAAGAUUCGAACACGAGCCAUCUCGGCCAAAACCAUGACCUUGGUGAGCCCACUGCAGCUCCUUCUCUUUGCUUCCAAGAAAGUCCUGUCAGAUGGGGAGCUCAUUCUGGUGGAUGACUGGAUCAAGCUGAAGAUGCCGCACGCGGCGGCCGCCUGCAUCACCGCUCUGCGCGCCGCCAUGGAGGCCCUGGUGGUGGAAGUGACCAAAGAGCCUGGCAUCAUCCGGCAGCUGGACCCCGCCCAAGAGCGCAUGCUGAACGUCAUCCGCCAGCUGUCCCGGCCAGCGGCGGCGGGGAUGGCACUCAUGGCCACCAGCACCAGGUGAGAGCCCCAGCUCGGAGCUGAGGAUGGGGACUUCAGGCUCUGGUCUCAGUGCCAGUGAGGAUGGGGACUUCAGGCUUUGGUCUCAGUGCCAGUGAGGAUGGGGACUUCAGGCUCUGGUCUCAGUGCCAGUGAGGAUGGGGACUUCAGGCUCUGGUCUCAGUGCCAGUGAGGAUGGGGACUUCAGGCUCUGGUCUCAGUGCCAGUGAGGAUGGGGACUUCAGGCUUUGGUCUCAGUGCCAGUGAGGAUGGGGACUUCAGGCUCUGGUUUCAGUGCCCGUGCUCUGAGCAUGUGUGAAAUGCUUGCACUCAAAGCUUAUGCAGAGACAUCACUGCCUGUUUGCACAAGGACUCACAACUCUCAGGAAUAAAAACUGUCAUCCUCUCUUCCAAAACACAAACCACAAAUUAUCUUUUAAAGAAAAGAUAAUCCAUAUUUAUUUUGGGCCAGCCUUUUCCUGGAAAGAAAACACAUAUUUGGCCAGGCUUGCACCCCUCUAUUGCCCCUUAUUUCCAUCCCUUGCUUCUGAAGCAAAGGAAACUUUUCUGAAGUGGAAAAGGUGUAAAAGCGCAACUGUAGUUCAACCAUCGUAUUGCGUUCACAGAAAAUCGAGGUGGCUUAGCUGAGGAUCGUGCUGUUUCCCAUCUUUUAGAGAUGCAGUUUGUAGGAUUGCCUCAAGUGUACGGUGUUGUCCUUGGCCAGGUUUGGGGACGGUCCCCGCCCGCCCAAGAUGGCGCGCUACGACAACGGCGGUGGCCUUCGAGGCUGGGGAGGUUACGCGCACGGCUCCGGCCACAGGGGCAGAGGCUACGGUGGCUACUCCAGCUGGCACUCGGCAGGAAGAGGAUACCCAGGUAGUCCUGGGGGAGGCUAUGGAGCUGGGGGUGGCUGCCGAGGAGGAGGCGGAUACCGAGGAGCAGGCAGGGGCUACCGAGGAGGCUAUCGGGACAUGGGCAGGGGAGGGUGGUAGUGAUAGUUCAGUGGAGUCUUUCCACUUCAACAAGUGUGUUUCCUUCCCAAAUUCCUUUCUUCCUCUUCCCAGUUUGUAUGCCUUUUUUGGUUCCUUAGUACAAGUACAGCUCUGUAAUAUAUCAUGCCCUUAGGGAAUUUCCUGCAAGUUGUAUUAUUUUUAAUAAAGAGUUUGUUUCUGAAGACUUGCAUGCCAUACCUUUGAUUUUGUGUUUGGAUUUGAAUUUUGAAGGCUUCUGUUGCUAAUUGUCAUUAUUGGAGACUCAGGGCGUUCUGAGGAAACCUUUUCAGUGUCAAAGACUAUUUCCUGCCAAACAGAUUCCAAACAUCAUCUUAGGCUCAGUGGGGAUUCACUUCAUUGUCUAACAAGCUGUGCAGACAGUCUUUGCUGCAGUGGUUUUCUAACCAUGCCAGGCAGCACUAGGUUCCUUUGCAGCCAGCCUCCUGCAUGCUGUGUGACCCUCCAUGGUGAGUUGUUUGGGUGAUCCAGAUCAUGCAGGAACAUGGAAUACUUUUUCCAAGACUGAUGUGAUGCUGCUGGUCUCUGCAGAACCUGGAGUAAUCUCUGAAGCAUGAAUUGCUCCUUUCAUCCAAGACAGUGUUCACUCUUCCCAAACUGCCAGGCUUCACUCCUCCACAUCUGUGUGGAAGAGGACAGUUCUUUAAUGGGAACACACUGGAUUCCAGACACUGGAAGCUCAGCUGGCUGCCUGGUGCUCACAGAAGUGUAUUGACACAGAGGGGGUAAAAAGCCUUCCAGCCCUGUUCUGGUGCCAAGUCUGACAAAAUUAACCUCCCCUCUAAUGCCACUGCAGAAACAGUAAUUAUUUGUGCCUGCUGGGGUGUGGAAGAUAGUGGUGGUUGCAUAGCAAGUUCCAACAUUUUUUGUGUUCUCAUGAAGAGUUCUUAAAAACUAAGUAAGGGCAAAGCAGUCCUUCUUUAAUCCAGCUCUGAAUUAUAGAGGAUAGCUAUUCAUGUCCAAAUUUAAUUUACUGUGGAGCCUGUAUUAUCUCCUGCAUGCUCUGCUGCAGUAAACCCGACACUUCCUUCUGCUGAUGCAGACUUUUCUCUAGGUUCAAGAAUGAAUGAAUGAAGAAUUGUCACUCCAUGCCACUGUUACAAAAAACAUAGUUAUUUUUCUUUUCCAGUGUGAGCCAGGAACAACCGAUGGGGGAGUCAGCAGGGAUGGACAUUGGAAGAUGUGCUAUAGCAUUAGCCACCUUCCCUUUGCACAUUGGUAGUCACUGCAUCCAGAAAAAACUGCUUUCCUUGGCUUGCCCUUCACACAUGGUGUUCUCAGUCGUGUUACUAGCACCAAACUGGAAGCAUGAAGCAGAAGUCCAGUGGUUUUAAAGAUAGCUCUACUUAAUUUUAGUAGCACACUCACAAAUCUGGACUGUGAUCUAGUAUCUUUAAAGCUUUCUCAUUUCUUCUGGCUGUUACUGGUCAGCAUUUAAACAGGAGGCAAGAGAUGGGUGCAAGGUGAGGAAGUAGAAUAGGAUACCAAGGAUUAUUAAGUAUAUGUACAAUAUUCUACAAUACUAGCAGAAAUGCUUUUACUAGGGUAUUAGAUGUUAAGUCCUAGCUAAAGAAAUUCCCUUUUUAGAGUGAAGUUGAUCUUUCUCUGGUGAAUUUAUGAAAUUGUUUCUAAUUUGUAACUGUAAAGCUAUUAUUUACUAUUACUGGGAAGAAAAGAUUAAAAAAUGUUACCAUUAAUAUCCUACUGGUUGUCC